GUCCGCGGCACGGCGCCAUCCCCUCGGCUUCCGCGCCUCCUCUCUCGCCUCAUUGGGAACUCAUCGACGCAGGGCGUGGUCUCCUCCUCCGGACAAGGCGCUGUUGCCAGAAGGAGCCGGUGUUCUACUCUGAUGACGACUGCAUACAAGUAUGGCACGGCAAUUCGAGCUGCAUAGUCUUUUGCUUUAGGUUUAGGAUGAAGCAUUGGGCCUUACUGUUACUACCUUAACAAGAAAAAAAAGGCUGAUUAACCAUUUGAGGUUUGUAAUAGCAAGGGAGAUUGAUUCAUGGUGUACCAGCAGUACACUACAAAACUAGGGGAAAAAAAAAGAUGUACCGAGGUGCCGGAGAAGGACGAGACACUGUUACAAUUCAUUUUUUUAUGAAGCGAGCACAGGGACCCCGGAUCUAGUUGACUUCAACUGGGACGCCCUUGGGUUUGAACUGGUCCCAACGGACUUCAUGUAUUUGAUGAGAUGUUCUUCAGACGGGGUGUUUGAGAAGGGUGAGUUGGUGCCAUAUGGUCCAAUUGAGCUGAAUCCAGCAGCUGCAGUGUUGAAUUAUGGUCAGGGAUUGCUUGAAGGUUUAAGAGCACAUAGAAAAGAGGAUGGGUCCAUCCUUCUUUUUCGCCCUGACGAAAAUGCGUUCCGAAUGAGAAGAGGUGCAGAUCGGUUAUGCAUGCCUGCACCAAGUGUGGAGCAAUUCAUAGAAGCCGUUAAGCUAGCUGUUCUGGCAAACAAACGUUGGGUACCUCCUGCUGGCAAAGGUUCUUUGUAUAUCAGACCACUGCUAAUUGGAAGUGGGGCUAUCCUCGGUGUAGCACCUGCCCCACAAUAUACAUUUGUUGUGUUUGUUUGCCCAGUUGGGCAUUAUUUCAAGGAUGGUUUAUCUCCAAUUAGUUUGUUAGCUGAGGAGGAAUAUCACCGUGCUGCACCUGGCGGAACUGGUGAUAUAAAGGCCAUUGGGAAUUAUGCUUCGGUUGUUAGUGCUCAGAGAAGAGCCAAGGAGAAAGGCCAUUCUGAUGUUCUGUAUUUGGAUCCUGUCCACAAGAAGUUUGUGGAGGAAGUUUCUUCUUGUAAUGUAUUCAUGGUGAAGGAUAAUGUUAUUUCUACUCCACUGUUAACGGGAACAAUUCUUCCUGGAGUCACAAGAAAAAGUGUAAUUGAAAUUGCUCAAAACCUUGGAUUUCAGGUUGAAGAGCGUCAUAUUACAAUAGAUGAGUUGCUUGGUGCUGAUGAAGUCUUUUGUACUGGAACCGCUGUUGUCCUGUCACCUGUCGGCAGCAUGACUUACCGUGGAAGAAGAGUGGAGUAUGGGAACAGCCAAAAGAAGGUCGGAGUCGUGUCCCAGCAACUCUAUGCGGCAUUCACAGCUAUCCAGAAAGGCCUUGCCGAGGACAGUACGGGAUGGACUUUGCAGUUCAGUUAGCAGCUCUAUCACCUGACCAAUCUUUCUGGUCAGGUUGUGGUUUCAAGCUUUAAGCAAACGAUAUAACGCAGUAACCGAAACUUCCUUACCCUGGCGUCUUGACAUAGCACAAUGUGUGGAGCAGAUUCGCGCGCGUGCACACAUCAUGUCAUUAAGCUGGGUCCAGACAUAUUGACCACUGUUCAUGUAAAUAAUUGGACCUUACCUGUGUCCCAAACCAUGUUUCUUGCGUCAAACGGGUUGGCCA